AUGAUAGAGGGGAUCAGUGGGAUGCAUGAAGGGGUGAGAAAUCCCAGCAAGUCUGCAGAGAUGGGGGUGACGGAGCUGGGAUCCAGUAUGGACAGUGCGGUAGAAUGGUUAAAUUCAGAGGGUGUGGAGGGAGAAGAUGCGAGAUGUGGAAGAGCUCAGAUCGAUUUUCAGAAAGCUGAGUGUGGCAAGGACCCAUGCACAGAGCCUCUAAUGGAGGAUGUACAACCUGACGGGACUCUUCAGAAUGUCAAACCUAUUGUGGGGGAAGGGAAUGCUCCAACUUCUCCUAACAGUCUGAUGGGAUCAGGGGAUGAGAUAGAUUGGAGUGCUUCAGGCUUCACUUACAACCUGGCCAAGGAGCAGAGACUGAACUUUGGAGACGACAUCCCGAGUGCCCUGCGAUUCGCUAAGAAGAAGCGCUGGAAUAGCAUUGAGGAAAAGCGCAUCAACCAGGAGAACAAGCUGCAUGCAUACCUCACCAAACUUAUCCUAACAGAGAAGGAGACGGAAGUGGAGGAUUGCCGGGAAAACAAAGAGGACAAUCAGAGUGGAGGUGAUGUCGUUAAGAUCAAAUCAAAACAUAACAAGUUCCUUAUGCACAUGGAUGAGCUCUUUUCACAAGUGGACGAUAAGAGAAAAAAGCGGGAGAUCUCUGACUACCUGUGUGGAAAGAUGAGCUUUGAGUUGAUGAGGGAGCCCUGCAUUACCCCCAGUGGGAUCACCUACGACCGCAAAGACAUUGAGGAGCACCUACAGAGAGUUGGCCAUUUUGACCCAGUCACCCGGAGUCCUCUGACCCAGGACCAGCUGAUCCCCAACCUGGCCAUGAAGGAAGUCAUCGACGCUUUUAUCCAGGAGAACGGUUGGGUGGAGGACUAUUGA